CAUUAGGUGCUAGUUGUGUGUAAACCCGCGAGGCACUGGCAGGCAGCAGUCCGUGGCUCGGAGCCUCGGGAAGAGGCGAGCACAGCUUGGAGCGGCUGCGCCACAGCUUGGAUCCGGGCACAUGAGACAUAGGUCGCUGUCACCGGCAGCAGCCAUGAAGCGGGUUCCGCUGGCGGCUCUCCUCCUGCUGCUGCUGCCGCCCGCCGCCCUCGGGGUCCCAGCCACACGUAUCAAGUACUCACACGCCGGCAUCUGCCCCAACGAGAUGACCCCCAGCCUGUGGGUGGACGCGCAGAGCACCUGCUCCCGGGAGUGUGAGAUGGACCAGGACUGCGAGACGUUCGAGAAGUGCUGCCCCAACGUGUGCGGCUCCCGCAGCUGCGUGGCGUCGCGCUACAUGGCGCUGAAGGGCGGCCGUGGUCCAGUUUCCUUGCCCCGCGGCGCCAGCUGCGACCGCUUCAUGUGCGCCCAGCAGGGCUCGGAGUGCGACGUGUGGGACGGGCAGCCGGUGUGCAAGUGCCGCGACCGCUGCGAGAAGGAGCCUCGCUUCACCUGCGCGUCGGACGGCCUCACCUACUACAACAAGUGCUACAUGGACGCCGAGGCUUGCGGCAAAGGCAUCACCCUGACCGUGAUCACCUGCACCCACCGCCUGGCCGGCGGGGCCUCGUCAUCCUCCAGCCCCCUGCCCCCGCCCCACACCAGCCCCGCCACGGCCAGCACCAGCACGGGAGGCCCAGGCUUCGGCCUAGGCCCAGGCCCCGCCGCCACCACCCACCCCGGCCCCGGCCCACUCACCACCACCACGCCCGUGUCCGGAGUGCAGGCCCCGGCCCUGCUGGCCACUCCUGCCCGCCAGUCCAUCUACGCGGGCGGCACGGUGAGCUUCCUGUGCGCCGUGAGCGGGAGGCCGAGGCCGGACAUCAGCUGGGAGAAGCAGAGAGCGGAUGGGCCGAGCGUCGUGCUGCGGCCUAACCACGUGCAGGGCAACAUGGUGGUGACCAACAUCGGCCAGCUGGUCAUCUACAGCGCGCGCACGCAGGACGCGGGCACGUACACGUGCACGGCGCGCAACGUGGGCGGCGCCGUCAGCGCGCACUUCCCGCUCUCCGUCAUCAAGCGGGCGGCGCUGCAGGCGACUUCCGCCGGAAGCGACGACCCCCGCCGCCGUCACCACGGCAACGCGUCGCUGGUGAUGGCGGCGCUGGCGCCGGCGCGCGAGUGCCUCCGGCGGCCGGAGGACCGACACUGCGCCGAGGCGCGCAUGCGCUGGUUCUACGACGCGCGGAAGAACAACUGCUUCACCUUCGGCCUCUGUGGUAGCGAUGGCGAUGACGGGGGCGGCGGCCUCGACCACAACCACUUCGCCAGCUACGAGGCGUGCAUGGGCAGCUGCAUGAGUGAGCCGGUCAACGCCUGCGGCCUGCCGGCGUUGCAGGGCGGCUGCAGGGUGUGGGAGCCGCGCUGGGCCUACAGCGGCCUACACCGCCAGUGCCAGCCCUUCAUCUACGGCGGCUGCGGCGGCAACGAGAACAACUUCGAGAGCCGGGAGACGUGCGAGGAGAUCUGCCCGUACCCCCGCAGCCAGCAGUGCAAGGCCUGCAAGCCCCGCUUCAAGAUCGUCACCAGCUUCUGCAAGAGCGACUACGUGAUCGUUGGCCGCCUGAGCGAGCUGGCCGAAGAGGCCGACUCCGGCCGCGCCCUCUUCACCGUCGAGCGGGUGCUGAAGGACGAGAAGAUGGGCCUGCAGUUCUUCGGCAGCGAGGUGCUGGAGAUCACGCUGCUCAACAUGGACUGGGGCUGCCCCUGCCCCAACAUGACCACCGAGGACGGGCCGCUCAUUGUCAUGGGCGACGUCCACAACGGCAUGGCCACCCUGCAGCCCCACAGCUUCGUCAAGACGGUCAACGACAAGCGCAUCAAGAAGCUGGCCGAGGUCAAGGAGAAGAAGACGUGCGACCUGUUGCGCGAGUUGACGGGACUUCAGUAGGUCAGUGGGAGAUCAGUGGGCAGGAUAGUGAUCCGUUGGCGGGUACUGGUCAGUGGGGUUGUGCCGGCCUGGUCACUGGGUCAAAUCUUGGACAAUAGGCUAGUCAUCGUCACUGCACCGGUACCGGUCAAUUGAACACAACUGAUCAAUACAGGUUACUGCUUAAGCCGCCAGUUCUGGUCAAUGCACUGGUACUGCUCAACCAGUUGGUUCUGACCAUGGGGGUCAUUUCUGGACAGUGCAUUGGUUCUGGUCAUUGGCCAUAUUAGUACAUUUUAGUAGGCUACUAUUGGUUCAUGAGCCAGUUCCAGUGGUUGGGAUAGAUUUAGAUGAGUCUUGGUUUAUGGAUCAGCUUUGGUCUGUUCUGCCCUAAUUCUGGUUAUUUGAAUAGUUCUGGUUCCAAACACAAAAUGCUGGAAUAACUCAGCGGGUCAGGUAACAUUUCUUGAGGGAAUGGACAGACGAUGUUUCCAAUCCGGGUUAUUUUUCAGGCUGUUAGGAUUAAGGGGGGGGGGGGGGGAAGAAAGCUAGAAAAGAGACAUGGGGACGGGACACGUGCCAGGGACCCUAUCACGACCAUAAACGUUGCAUUCCCUCCACAGGUGCUGCCCGAUCCACUGAGUUCCUCCAACAUUUUGUCUUUUGCUCAAUUCCAUUAUCUGCAGUUCCAUGUGUCUCUCUCUGGUCUGGGCCGGUUCUGGCUAACCCCACUUUGUAGGGUUAGGAAUAGAGUUACACAGAGUUGAACUGAUAACGUUUAGAUGAGGUAAAUGAUGCUAAUUUUGUAAAUAGUUCAGUAAUCCCAAUAAGAAGAAAACUUUGUAGAAUGUUUGUGAUUUUUACAAUGACUGUAAAUACUAUUUAUUUAUACUUGGAUCUAAUGGCCAUCUCUCUGAUUGAUUAAAGAUCAAUAGUCAACCUCAAUAAAGUAUCGAUGAUGUGA